AUGGUUUCGGUGCGGUCAGCCAAGGACGGACAGAGCAAGGUGUUCGAGUUUGACCGGGUCUUCUCUCCGACCACCAGUCAAGCUCAAGUGUUCAAGGAGGCGGCUGACGUCAUCACGUCGGUUCUUGACGGGUACAACGUGUGCAUCUUCGCGUACGGGCAGACGGGAACGGGCAAGACGUACACGAUGGAGGGCCCCGCGGAGAACAGGGGCGUGUCGUUCCGUACGCUGCAGGAGCUGUUCCGACUGGCUAAGGAGCGACGUGACAGCAUGGAGUACAAGAUCGUGGUGAGUGUGCUGGAGGUCUACAACGACACCAUUCGCGACCUCCUCGCUCCAACUGGCGGACACGCUGCAACCAACAGCAAGAAGGGUCUGGAGGUGAAGCAGAGGCCAGAGGGUGGAAACUACGUGCCUGGGUUGGUGGAGCAGGAGGUGGGGAGCGUGGAGGAGGCAUGGAAGGUGCUCACGUCCGGCUCCAAGGCGCGUGCCACCAGCGCCACCAGCAUGAACGAGCACUCCAGCCGAUCUCACUGGUGCGUGCCUCUCCACCUGCCAGCCAGCCUCUUUCUGUCUGAGUUUCCUUAUCCACUGCCAGCGGCGUUCCUGCGGUCCAGCAAAGAGAAGGAGGGAGCAGGAGCCUCGGGUGCGAGUGCGAGUGCGGGGACAGUGAGUCGCCUGUGGCUGGUGGACCUGGCGGGCAGCGAGCGCGUGGCCAAGAGCGAGGCAGAGGGCGAGCGGCUUAAGGAGGCGCAGAACAUCAACCUGUCGCUCUCAUACCUGGGAGAGGUCAUCAACGCCCUCGCUAAACGCGCCAGCUUUGUCAACUUCAGGAACUGCAAGCUGACGAUGCUGCUGCAGGACUCACUGGAAGGGAACGCUAAGGUGCUCAUGUUCGUGCAGGUCAGCCCGAGUGACAAGGACAGCGUGGAGACCGUGUGCUCGCUGCAGUUCGCCUGCCGGGUGCGCGGGGUGGACUUUGGCUCUAGCAAGAAGCAGACCGACGUUCCCCGACUGAAGCAAGCGCUGGAGAAGGCCAAGACGGACUGCAAGGAGGUGAAGGAGGCGUACCAGAAGCAAAGCGAGGAGCUGGAGGAAGUGAGGCGCAAGACAGCCACAGAGAAGGAGAAGCUUGUCUCGGAGCUGCAGAUGCAGAUCCAGGAGCGCCAGAAGGAAUAUCAGGACUUAAUGGAUGCUCUGGAGAAGGAGAAGGCGCGUGCACUGCAACAGGCGCAGCAGCAGCAGCAGCAGCAGCAGCAGCAGAUCAAGGCAGGCUCUUCCAAACAGCCUUCAGUCUCGGCAGACUCACUUCAGGUGUCUUCGUUUGGGACACAUGCAGAGGAGGAGAAGGCUGAGCACGAGCCCCACUGUGAGGCAAGCCUGGAGCAGACCAGUGAUGCAGGGGAAGUCAGUGCUUCUGUUGUCGCUGCUACUGCGUCUUCUGCUUCUGCUGCUGCUGCAGCUGAUGAUGCCGGUAUGGAAGAGGUCUCUGGCCCUCAUCCAGAGAAGCUUGCAGAAGCUGCUGCGUCUGAGUCUGCAGUGGCUGAUGGGGAGAAGGGUGGGGUGGCCCUGAAGCAGGCUGGUGAUAGAUCCGCCUCUCAGACUGCAGAUGCUGUGAAGGGUGGAGCAGGUGCUGCCACUGGUGCUUCUGAGAAACGGGUCGCUGGGCCAGGCAGAGUCCCGGCUAGGAUUCCUGCAGCAACCUCCGCUGCAGCAGGGGCAUCUUCUCAGACGGCGAUUGUGCCAGUGACAGCUUCUGGGGUUUCCAAGGCCACAGCAAGGCUGCUCGGGAGCAAGAUUCCUUCUCGAACUGCGUCUUGCUCUGCGGAAACUGGUGUUUCUGUUGCUGCCGCUUCUGCUGGUGCUGCUGCUGGUGCUGUCUCUGCUGCAGUAGCAGAAGCGGCGGAAGCUGUGCGUGUGGCUCGCAAGAGGACUGGAAGGAUGUCCCUGUCUGUGCUUCCAGGAAGCCGCACUGGAGGGGCGUGGGGGGCCGGUGGUAAGGCGGAGAGGAGACGUGAAGCAUGGGAUGACUAUGCUAUGCUGGGUUAUGCACCCGCUGCCAAGAAGAUGAUGCUGCGGAGGGCCACUGCGACUGAUGCUGUUGGGUUGGAGAUUGGAGAAAGGCUGGAGCGGCUAGAGGAACCAGGAGCUGGGAUGGAUGGCGACCAAAGGACCUCUGGAACGGAGCUGGAUGCGGUAGGGGCGGUGAAAACCCGGAAGCCUGGUAGGCCCCCGCUGGCUGGGUUGCGAGUGAACAAGGUGGUGGUUGGGCGCGAGUGGUAUGAUGAGUGGAGGAGGCAGUCUGCUGAUGUGACCAAGGGGUUGAAGCGCAAUCCGACUGGCAGCGCUGCUGCAGAAGCUGAAGGAGAUAAGAUGAGUGCGGCGUGUGACGGUGAGGUAGUGGACACGCGUGGUGAGAAGAAGGCUGAGGAGGAGGAGCAGGGAACUCGUCAGCAGCAGCUGGUGCCGCAUCAGCCUUACCGCGUGUUCACUGCUGGGACUGCUGCCGCUUCUGCUGCUGCUGGAGGGCACGAGGUUACAGCACCGUUUGCACUCCGCCAUGGCAGCACUAUCAGGCCACAUGCUGUGCGGAAGUCAGGGCUAAGUACACCCAUGCCAUCAGCAAUCCCUUCACUGCACAAGACACUGUCUGGUGGAGCAGGAGGAGGAGCAACAGCAGCACAUGAUGGCCUUCCUCCCUCUGGUCUGAGGAGGCCUGCUGCCCAUGGCAGUGGCAGCCUCAUUGGCAGUGGGGCGAGGGUUGGAGGAACCACUGCAGCAGCCACUGCAGCAGCUGCAGCAGCGGCAUCAGCUGCAGUGAUAACAGCUGCACCCGUUCUCGCUCUCAAGGGAAGCAGUGCGGUGGGCUCAAGUGGUGUGAAGGCAUAUGGUGGUGGCGCACAGAGGGUUCGUGCUGCUGGAGGUGCAGCGUCGCGGCGUGGGCGCAUGAGUCUGGCUCCUGGGAUGAAGUUUUCCCAUGAUGGCGUCCCGCAGCACAGCAUCUCUGUUAUGGCGGCCAAACUAGCGGCUGCCGCUGUCGCCCUCUCCGCCCGCGCUCGCCACACCCAAACUCCGUGGCUCGGCCUGUGCUCUAGUAACUCCCCUCUCCACCCAUUCAUCCCUUCCCGCCACUUCGAUUCCCCGUCCGUCCCUUCCGCCGCACCUUCUGCGAAGGACUCCAAUUCCUCUACACCUGUCAGUCCGCCAUCCUUAGAUUGGUCGCCGGAGAGACUGCAGCGGCAGGCGCUGCCGCUGAAGGCGGCACAAUUCGCGGGGGCCGGCGGCGGACUGGGCGCGGGGACAGUAGGGAGACGCGGAGAGGCGGCGGCGGGAAAUGCGGUGGCUGUGGAACCAGGAGCGAGCAGGCAGCGGUCGCACGGCGUGCACGUGUUUCAAUGCAAGGACCGGCUGGGAAUUGUGGCGCGCAUAUCGGAGUGCGUGGCGUCGAGGCACGCGAAUCUGCUCAACGUGGAUCUGCACAUCGACUUUGAGGCGCCCACGCCCAUCUUCUACUCCCGCAGUGAGUUCUCGUUUGACCCGGCGAGGUGGCCGCGGCAGCAGAUGCAGGAGGACUUUGCAGCGCUGGGCUUGGAGCUGGGCGCGGAGAGGUCCAAGGUGCACGUCAUGGCACAGGACAAGCGCCUGCGCAUGGCCGUGCUGGUGUCGCAGCAGGACCACUGCCUAGUGGAUCUUCUGUAUCGCUGGCAGGAGGGGGUUCUGCCUGUCGACAUUCACUGCGUCAUCAGCAACCACCCGCGCAGUGAGAACACGCACGUGCGGCGCUUCCUGGAUCGCCAUGGCAUCCCCUUCCACCACCUGCCCGUUGACCCCAGCACGGGCAACAAGCGAGAGGAUGACAUUCUACAACUCGUGCAUGGCUCCCACACUGACUUUCUGGUUCUGGCCAGAUACAUGCAGGUGCUAUCGCCCAGGUUCUUGGCCUCGUACGGGCGAGACAUCAUCAACAUUCACCACGGGCUGCUGCCCUCCUUCAAAGGCGCCAACCCCUACCUUCAGGCUUUCAAGGCGGGUGUGAAGCUGAUAGGAGCCACGAGCCACUUUGUCACGGACGAGCUUGACUGUGGGCCCAUCAUUGAACAACUGGUGGACCGGGUGUCACACAGGGAGGGCCUGGCGUCCUUUGCAGCCAAGAGCAAGAUCCUGGAGAAGCAGUGCUUGGCCGCGGCUGUCAAGUACUAUGCAGAGUACCGCAUUCUGCGCUACAGCCACAACAAGACCAUUGUGUUUGUCUGA